CACAUAGCAAACUCCGUGAUGCGUCGUAUGUUUUGUAGGCUCUCAUAUAAAAACCAAUAAACAAACUUGCAUAGGUUCAUGUAGACUCCCUUUAGAAGAAUACAUCAAGGUCUAUCGACCCCUGGAAUAAUGCCUACUCUAAAAGAGGCACUUGGUCCCGAGGAAGAUUGGUCCGGGCUGAAGGACGCAAAAGUGAGACGAAAGUUACAAACCCGAUUAAACGUCCGCGCACAUCGGAGACGAAAGGCCUUGCUAUCAAAAGCGAAAACCCGGGCCAAUCCUAACUUGACAGACACAGCAGAGCAAUGUCAUUACCUAGAGAGUAAUGGAUGCAACACGCAACAUGAGACUAAUUCCUUGCUCGUUAAGUUCUCGAAACUACAGUUACAAAGGAGGAAUGAUGCCUCCAGAGAUCAAGCAACUAUAUUUCCACUUACACUGGACCACUUAAUACCCUUGGUACAAUAUAACUUUAUCCGUGGUGUCUUAACCAACAUGGCAAUUCUAGGCCUCCAGAAUGCCUUCCCUCCAGAAUGUUCCCGACACUGGGUCAAUAUGACACUCUUCCCAACCCCAUCCACCAUCCCCGAGUCUCUCCAGCAGACGGAGCUGCAGCGAAACACGCCUCACGAGCCAUGGAUCGACCUCAUACCGGACAAGCAAAUGCGUGAUAACGCAAUACUAGCGGCAGGAUAUUUCACGAAGAAAGAUGUUGAACCAGCUGUGACGGGUUCCAUUUUCGGAACAGCAAACAUGCUCGAGCUGAAUGGGUUGAUAGCUUGGGACGAUCCUUGGCGAGCUGAGGGGUGGGAAAUAACCGAAGGAUUCAUAAGAGACUUCCCAUUUCUUGUGAAAAAUUGUUGGGAUAUGCUCGAGUCUACUAAUCGAUGGCGGGCAUUGCGAGAUGAAGAACCUUUAGUCUUUGAAUUAUAAGGUCAUGGUACAUCUUCACUUCAAUGUAGAAUAGACUUGGCCCUCAGCCCUUAACCCAUCUCUAACUCAGUUAUAAGACGUCUAUCAGAUCAAAACGUACCUAGACAGUGUAAG